AUGCCUCCAAAAUCCACCACCAAAUCGGCUGCCUCCAAAACUCUACCAAAAAAGCAAACUGUGAAGCCAAAAAAAAUAAAAGCUUGUUUGAUCAAGGUUCUUGAUGAUGAAGUCAACAAGAAAGGUGAAAUACCGUCAAAGAAAACAAAGCUUGAUGUCCAAGAAGAGGACAAACAAAAAAGCCAACCAUCCAAAAAUUCAACCGACAAACCUACUAAAAAACCACGCAAAGGUGGGCCGGCCAAGAAGAAGGUACCUGCCAACGACAACAGUGACAAAGAAGAAGCUUCUAAGCGGGCUCCAAACUACAAGGAUGAUGAGGACAUUGAACUCUGUCGCUUGUGGCUUGAAAUAACCAAGGACCCACUCAACUCGACAAACAAGAAGGUACCUCCCAACAACGACAGUGACAAAGAAGAAGCUUCUAAACGGGCUCCAAACUACAAGGAUGACUGA